ACGCCUUUAUGGGCAGGUGUGUUACCUGUGGCUCCCUAAGGAAACACUUCCUAGGGUUCUGCCGACAGCUGCCCGACAGAUCAACCAAAGAAUGAGACGUCGUAAAAGACCAUAAAAAUAGUUUUCGUCGUCACUGCUUUAAUUUACUGCAAUCCGCAUUCAUUUCGGAGCUCGAGCCGGUCAGACAGCCCCGCACAGGUUUGGGUGGCAGACGGAGGAGGGAAGAACUUCCUGAUAAUAAAGAGGUGCGUCUUAUUUCCAUUCCAGUGAUUGACUGCGCACGGCUUUCACCGCCGGAGCUGGGGGCAUUGACGCAUUGUGGAGUCGACAGGGGGUAGCACUGCAACCCCGGCUUCGCUACACAACGGAGGCAUCUAUCGGCGAAACCGCGAUGGCCGUGGUGCAGCUCGACACGGAGGACCAUCAACCUGAGAACGGCUUCGUGUCCCCCGAUAGUACGUCGGGGCUGCUGACUCGCAUCGACGGCUCUGUUCUGCCGUUUCUCGGGGGAUUUGGGAAGUACCAGAAACAGCUGAUCGUGCUGACAUGGAUCCCGGCGUUAUUCAUUGGAUUUAGCCAGUACUCUGAUAAUUUCCUCCUUGCGCAGCCGAACAACACAUGUAUCCAGCCUUUGGCAAACCUGACUAAUCAGACUACAAGCCAUUCAUCGCUGUUAGACGGUCCAAAAAACACCAGCGCGCGGCCAGCUUAUAUUUAUGCCAAUAGAAGUUACAGCGCCCAAUACGGCAUUCACAAUGAAACGGCCAACAUGCAGUGUAGCUGCAGUGAGUGGACAUUCGAGCUGCACACGGGACUUGUACAGAACGUGGUUACCAAGUGGAGUCUGGUGUGUGACUCUGCAUGGAAAGUCCACAUCGCCAAGUUUUCUCUGUUGGUGGGAUCCAUCUUUGGAUACCUGACGUUUGGAAUCCUUGCUGACUGGUUUGGCCGCCACCCGGUGCUGAUCAUAUCGGUGUUUUUCAUGCUGGUGUUUGGUCUGACUGUGGCCUUCUCUGUCAACGUCCCCAUGUUCAGCACCCUGCGCUUCUUUGAGGGCUUCUGCCUGGCAGGGAUCACCCUUUCUCUCUAUGUCCUCAGGAUUGAGCUGUGCCUGCCAGGAUGGCGUUUUUCCAUGACCAUGGUGGCCAGUUUUGUGGUGUUGGGUGGUCAGCUGCUGAUGCCCGGGAUGGCAUACCUCUGCCGGGACUGGCAGGUACUCCAAGCUGUCAUCAUCUGCCCCCUGCUACUGAUGCUGUCUUACGUCUGGAUCUUCCCUGAGUCACUGCGUUGGCUGCUGGCCACUCAGCAGUACUGCCGCUCCAAGUGGAUCAUGGGACACAUAGCAAAGAAAAACCAAGUGAACAUGGAGCUUGACACCGACAAUAUCCUCACAGAACUGCAGAGAGCUCUUCAAAAGAAACCCAAGAAGACAUGCAUUGUGAAAAUGGUCGGGACGAGAAACCUGUGGAAGAAUAUUGUUGUGCUCUGCGUCAACUCGCUAACAGGCUAUGGGAUCCACCACUGCUUUGCCCGCAGCAUGAUGGACCCUGAAGCUCAGGAGACAACCAUGUUCCAUAACUUCUAUGCAGAUUAUUACACCAUGGCAGGCAUUGCGCUGGCAUCAUGCAUGGCGCUGUGCCCGGCGGUUGGCCUAAUGGGCCGGCGCGGUGGCCUUCUUAUGUUUAUGAUCAUCACUGCCCUGGCGUCACUGCUGCAGUUGGGCCUGCUCAAUUUGCUGGGGAAGUACAGUGGCCAUCUGAACAUAGAUAGCUCAGUUACGCUGAAUAAGAACUUCUCCAUCGCCUUCUCCAUCAUCGGCAUGUUCUCUUCCCAAGCAGUCAGCAACCUGAGCAUCUUCUUCUGUGCUGAGAUCACACCCACUGUGAUCAGGGGUGGUGGGCUGGGCCUGGUGCUAGCCAGCGCUGGCUUCGGCAUGCUGACUGCGCCCAUCAUGGAGCUCCACAAUCAGAAGGGCUAUUUUCUUCACCAUAUUAUCUUUGCCUGCUGCACUCUAAUCUGCAUCAUCUGCAUUCUCCUGCUGCCCGAGACGCGCUUCCAGCCCCUCCCUGAGACCCUGGCUGAUGGCGAGAGCUACACCCGUCAAUCUCUCCUUCCACCGAGGAAACCUGGAGAACAGCGCCUCCUGCUGGCUCAAUCCGAGAGCAGUAGGGACUACACCAGAGUACAUGACACGCCGCUCCACGAAGCAGCCGCCACCGCGGUGUCCACUAUGGACUCCACCGCCUCAUCAGCUGUUGAUUUGACCGUUCUGUCGGUCGGAAAUAUGAAUGCUCCCACAUUCAUGGAGGUGCACCCUGGCAAGCCUGAGCUUAAAGACCCCAACGGUCACUCAGUUUUAUCUUUAUCCACAACCCCCAUCACAGCCGUGGGUAAAGACGGCAUCAUACAUGCCAGUAAAGAGCACCUGCUGUCUUCCACUCCAUUACACAAACCCCCAUGUGUCACAGACCCACUUUUACCCGAUGCCGAAGAACCUCCAGCAGAAGUCCUGGAAUCUGUUGAGCCAUUGACAGAUUCUGCCAUUCCUGAAAUGAAUGACAUUGGUCCUUCCCCUACAAAAGAGUCAGUCACUACCCCUUCCCCUCCAUUAGACCGUUCCACUCCCCCGGUCCCUCAAACUGUGCCUGCCUCCCUAUUGAUCUGCACCACACCCAUCAUCGAGCCCCUGCCUAGCUCCACCUUAGAAUCCCCCAACACAGUGGGAAAUGAGAUCGACAGUAGAGCCCCAAAAUUCGACCCACCUUUGCUAGAGGCCGUUAAUGCCACUUUAGCAGACUCCCCUACUCCAUCUAUGCAUGACAGCCCCCCUCCGUCCCCUACCCCCUCUCCUGUUCCGAUAACAGAUUGCAACAUUUCCACUGACCCUCCACCCUCCAUUAGCACACACUCUGACAUUCCCAUCAAGUCAGAAAUAGUGGAGUCAUCUACAUCUACUCCUAGAGACUCCCCCAUACCGUCUGUCAUAGACCCCCAACCACCACAGUUAGACUCUACCUCUCCGUGUGUUAAUGUCAUAUCCUCUCGUUCCCCUACUCCCCCUAGCCCAGUCACUGUUUCCCCUUCACCCACUCCCCCUCCACCCAUUGAAUCAGGCCAUACACCCUCAGCGGCCUCUUCCACUUCCCCGGUCAUAGGUAUUCUCAACACUACUGCACCGAUUCCUACCAUUCUCCCCGUCACAGACAUUCUGCACACCUCCACUCCGGAAUCUACCACUCUGACUGUUCAGCCCACGCAGGAUUCAGCUGCAUCCCUUGCUGUAGAUUCAGCAGCAACUUCCAUCACAGAUUUAGGCGCUACAGAAGCAACUCGCCCCUCUCUUAUGGUCUGCACCGUCUCCUCCCCCAUAGACUUUGGCGUCCUUUCCAUCAGGGACAGUGCCAGCACAGAAAACAACACUGUCAAUGGUGUGGCGUUGUUAUGAUCCAGUGUUGCAGUCAGGAGACAAAGCUUUAUGGUUGCAUGAGGAAGCAGCCCACGCCACACAAAUAACCAAGAAGGGGGCGAGGAGGGGGGCACAAACUGUCCUACUCAGACUUCAGGCACUUACUGAAGAUUGUCCUCACCUGGAGUUGAGUAGACAUGUCUUACAGAGAUGCUGUAUGUUUCUCAAUGUCCCCCCCCCUUCCUGCAUUUAGCCAAUAAAUGAGACCACGCAAGUGAGAGAGUGCCAGAGGCUGGUUUGUGACAAUAUGACAGUAUCUUCUGCUCUUUAUGAAUGUCACUGGAAAUCACCAGCCUAUAAACUACUUUGAUGUAAAUGAAUGGGAAAUCACUGUCUGUCAUUUUAAAGAGACUUACAACUAUACCCACAAUCACUGAGAUAACUGGCGAGAAUACAAUGAUGCUAAAAACAAACAAACACAAAUCAAAUCAAUGGUACUUUUGCUCAAAUGAAAUGUCUGUCCAACAUAUUUAUACAAAAAUAUCGCCUUACCUGUAUGGACAAAAAAUCUGAAUGUUACAUCAUACUUUUUGCCGUUACAGAGGUAAACAAUCCAAAUUGGAGUGAUUUUUCUAAAUAAAACGCCAAAAACUACUCUGACCAAAAUUAAAUGUAGACAUUGUGCCAAAAAAAUUAGUAUUAGUAUUUGCCUGUUGGGGGAAAUACCGUUUAGUGCAGUCCCUGCCAUAGACUGUAUGUGGAUUAAAGUGAAUCAGAUGAACCCUUUUCCAAAGUUCAGAAAUACAAAAUAAGUAGUAAAUUGUUCAUCAAAUUAUUGAAAGACUUAAAGCUAUAUCACCAUUUAAUGAAUUAGAAUUGAGAGAUGAGAUCGAGAUUGCUAAAUUGCUUUCAUGAACACGUGGUUCAUUGUAUGAACAGCGAUAUUAGAGAAAAGAAUGACCCAUAUUUUGUCGGUCUGAAAAAAACUUAUUUUUCCAAUCGUUUCAGUCAAUGGAAUUUAUGGUAUGCAAAUGCUUUUAUUUGUAAAUGUGAUAUUGUAAGUAAAUGCAUAAUUAGUUGUUGAGCUUGAUUAAGUCUUUUUUUCUAAUUCAAAGUAUUUCGAAUAAUCUCCCAUGGCGUGCCCUUAUUGUACAAAGCUAUACUACAUUCUUACAGUAUUUGUGGCACCUCAGUGUGAUGCCACCUUAUUCUUUGCAGUUGGGACAAAGCAUGAAAAUAAUUGUGAACGUGUCAGCAAAACAAACCUUAAAAGCAAACCUUAAAAAUACACAAAAGCUAUUUUUAAAAUGAAACCAAUGGAUGACAAAAUGUUCGAUGUGAUUGCCAACUGUCACAGCAAAGCUAACCUUUAGUGUGUUUUCCAAAUCAUGUUCUCGUUCUCUGUAGUUUAUGUACAUAUGUCAAUGUGUUCAUACAUGCACAACUAAGUUUACCUUACAAAAAAAUGCAAUACAUCAUAUAUUUGUCAAAAAGACAUUUUAAAAUACAGGUCAAAUCCUUAUUUAUAGGUAGAGUAACCUAAUCAUAAUAUUAAAUUGAAAAACUCUUGCUUAAGGAGGCACUUUCUCUUCCAUAGCCUGUGUCCACCUGUGGACGGCGUUAUACUUGACUUGUGUGUAACUUGACCGUUGUAAUUACACACGUCAUGCUUUGGAGGUUGUAAUGUUUGCCAGAGAAAGAUGUAUGAUUAUGGAUAGACCAUUGUUUACAACAACAACAACAAUAAUAAUAAUACUACUUAUAAUGAUACAUACUAAUAAUUACACUUUACUGUAAAACUCAAGAGCCAAGUGAAUGAUGUCUUGUCAGUUCAAAUGUGAUACAACUCUCUCACAGUAUGUCAUAUUACAUUCAUCCAGGGAGUAUUGGUGAUCUCAUUAAGGUGUCAUCCAGGAGUCAAAGACAACACCAGACUUGUGUUGUUCACACCAUCUGGUGGUACGCUUAUGAAGAACCUUCCAGGUACUUUACUCACCAAAAUCCUCUUUUGCUUUCAUCUAAGUCAAAUGUGCACAGACAAAGGCGCUGCAUGUCUUUAGGUGUCUGAAUGAUUGCUUCUUUUUUUUUUUUACCUCAAAUGCAGCUUGAAUCAAAGUAUGAAAGCAAAUUUUUUUCUCGAUUUAAUUGAUCUUUCAAUAGAUCAUCAAGUCAACAAACUUCCAUUUAGUGAAAGAUUCAUAUGAACAUUUAAUGUCUUACAUGUCAUGCUGCUAAGCCUCAAAGCACAAUGCCCUGCAAUCAUGUGAAGUCAAAUUUAAUGGAACUUGGCUUGACAGUAAAAAAAAAAAAAAAAAAAAAGGGAAAAUGGAGUGGGACUUUGAAUACAGAAAUUCUAGUAUAUUCUACUAGUAACUCAUUAACUUUUGCAAUAGACCCACAUGUAAUGUACUUUGUGGAAGAGUGUGUUGACACUGGAUGUAUUAAGGAAUUCUUGGCAUCUGCAGUAAAGAGUGGGUUGGCUGUAGUGGUCAGUAGCUUCACAUUACUCUGAGUCUGCGUUGUCUGUGAGUAUUGUUCUCUCUGUCUCAGUGUGCGUAUUGCAAAAAUGUAACUGUGUAUUGCAAAAAGCCACAUGCAGCAACAGUGUAAAGACAGUAACAAGGCACAAUACAACCAUUGUCUAUUCUAAGAUCUGUUGCUUCCAUUUUCAGACCUCUCAUGCAGCUAUUUCACGGUGCUGAUUAAGAGUAAUUUAUCUGGAGUAAUAUUCAAGUACAAAUCUGUAAAAGCGAUCCAAAGCAAUGUUAGCACCAGCGACAGGUUGGACUAGGAGACAGUGACCUUCGGAAAAGCAAAAAAAACAACUGGUUAUGCCUUUGUAAAUAGUAGAUGUGUGGAAACGCCCAGCGUUGCUAAAAUGAAGGAGCAUAACAUGGACUAAUGAAUAGUUUUGAACCGAGAUUAACUCCCCAGUGUACACACAUUUCAGGUUUUGCUUCUCUCAACUGUGCGACUCAGAUUCUCCUGAUGGGAGUUUUGAAUGAAUGUAAAAACCAUGGAUUGUACCAUUUAUAAUUUCAGAUUGUUUGGUUUCAUUUUGUUUUUGUUUUAACAGACAUAAUGCACUUGUAUAUAAGCCAUACCUGUUGUUAAAAUAAACCACUAUUUAUUGAUCAAC